AUGAUGAGGGUUCUGGUCAAGAGUGAAGGCGUAUUCGUGUAUAACACACCAUUUACAUCUAAGAAUGCAAAUUUAUCGCAAUCUGUUGACCGCGAUUCCGUGUGUACAAAUGCCCGUUUAAUGCCUCAUAUGCGUACGCAAGAUGCCGUUUUUUUCUUGCUGUUCAAGAGAACAGUGCUAACAAAAUCUGGAGAGCCUUGCUUACUCAUUCCAACUGAGAUAUAUAACCUAUUCAAAUACACACUUGCGUACGUUGACGAUAACAAAUGGCUCGUAAACGCUGUACUAAUGAGCUUGCAAAACGAUCCAAGCAUAUUCUUUUGUGCAUCCGAAUCAUACAGGGAAUAUCGGCUGAAUGGCCAGCAUGAUAAACGUGCAAUCGGCACGCCUCAUGAUUUUGGUGGGUUCUGGACACGUUCAGAAAGUCCAUCAAAGCAUGUUAUGGUUGUUUUUAGAUUUAAAAUGUUUUUACUAAUCUCAUAA